UUACUGUUACUGCGCGACCAACUUGGCCAGUUACUUGUUGCUUUGCGUGCGACCGGUGCAAAUGUGGUGUUGAUGAUUAGAUCAGUUGGAUUUGUUCAGUUUUUGUUUAUUUUUAGUGAUUUUGGUUGUUAUUUGUGCUAAUUGAUUGUAGUUCAUAAACUGCCAUGAUGACUGAGACCGUAGUUACCGUAGAACACACGACAACCAGGAAUGUUACUCACCAGGCAGGAACCAAACCCGAAGGCGCGCUAUCCUGGUUAAGGUUCAAUAUCGAUUACUUCAAAACUACGCCAGGAAUACUUAAAUUGUUGCAACUGUUUUUCGGCAUAAUCUGCAUGUCGUGCGCCUCACCGGCUUUGACCUCCGCAACACAUUGGUUCCUGUUUGUGGCGGUAACGUCAUUCAUUGCAACAUUAAUAUGGGUGUUCGUUUACCUGCUGGGAAUUCGAGAGGUGCUACAACUUCCCAUCAACUGGCUGUUGACGGAGCUGGUUAACACUGGCAUCAUCACCGUGCUAUAUACGAUCGCUUUCAUUGUGCAGUUAGCGAAAUGGUCCGGGUUGGCUGGUUCAUUCGUCGCAUCAAACAUUACGGCGGGAGUUUUUGGAAUUUUCAAUGCAUUGGCGUAUGCUGCCGGAGUUUACUUUUUGCACUUGGAAUGGAAAAGCAGCGGCGGUGCAUCUACGAACUAGUCCUGGUUAUUAUAGUUCAUUUACUCAACACCGGCUGUUGUAUUCAUAUCAACUAUUUAGGAUAAAAUUCUUAUUAUAUUUAUCGCCAAACAGUUUGUAUGUAUAAGUACAAACAAUUCGUUGAAGAAUUAUGUCGAAAUAACGAAUAUAAAAUUUAUAUUUUUCUAAAUGUUUCUAUAUGAAUGGUUUUUAUAUAAAAAUUGUAUACAAUAUUUUCAUAAUAGCCUGAUGAAUAUUAUAUUAGGCUGCGAUUAAGCAAAUCAUUUUAUUCAAUGCAUUCGAAAACCGUGGGCUUUUCAUGUUUAAUCUCGGGAAAUGAACGAAAAGAAGUUCGAUCGACCAGAAGUUUAUAUAAACAAACUAUUGGCAAUGCUAUUUUAGGAGGUAUAGUUAUAUUAUAAUUUUUUAUGAUUUAUAACCUCGACAUAUUUCAAUUUUACAACUAAAAUUUAUAUUUCAUAAUAUUAUAAUUUUUAGAUUGAUAUAAGAAUGAAAUGAUACAUAAACACUUUCUAUGUUCAUGAUAUAUAAAUUAUUUUAUGGAAUAUAAGUUUUUAUACAAAUCAUAUAAAAAUGAUGAUUGGUAUUUAUAAAGUUAACACUAAAAUUUACUUUGCUAUUUAUUUUAUUGAUUUGUUUUUAAUAUUAUAAUA